AUGCCAUCGGACAACCAGUUCAAGAGGGCCAUGUCUCUCAUCGAGGCCGACAAGACCAAGGUCCUCGGCCUGACUGUUGGAAGCUGUGAGAACGUGCAGCCCGGACAGUUCGUCCCACGCUCGGAGGCCCAAGCUCCUCCCAAGCUCACCUUUUCCAGCGCAUCCCCCACCAGGACCUACCUGGUCGUCAGCCUGGAUAUGGAUGCGCCUUUCCCCUCUUUCAGCGUCCUGGGCCCAAUUUUGCACUGGAUCCAAUCCGAGGUGAAGGUUGGUGACUCCUCUGUGCUGGGGUCCGAAGCACCCUUCGUCGCAAACUACAUUGGCCCGGCUCCUCCUCCUGGCAGCGCUCCUCACCGUUACAUCUUCUUCUUGUAUGAGCAGCCUGAGGGCUUUGACCACAAGGAUCAUUCUCCAGCUGAUGGAAAGGAACUGGGUCUCAUGGGCCGCAUCCGUUAUGAUUUCGAUGCCUGGGCGGAGAAGAUCAACCUCGGUCCCCCUGUCGCUUUCAACUGGUUCGUCAGCAACUAG